AUGGGAUGGGGAAAGACCCUGACUUUUCUUCCUUUUGGAGAACGUUGGCAAAUGCACAGAAAGUUACUCCAGACCUCGUUCAGCAACACAAAUGUCCGCCAAUGGCACACUCUGCAGAUAACAGAAGCCCGACGAACGAUUCAGAAUAUGCUUAAGAAGCCUGAAACUUGGGAAACGUCGUUACGCAGGCUUGCGGUUGCCAUCGUUCUGCAAGUGAGCUAUGGCACCCAAGUGCUCGAGGACGAUGACCCCUACAUCCAAAUCGCCAACGAUGCCAUGUAUGCUACUGGCAAUGGUGGAGUUCCUGCCAACAGUAUUGUUGAUCUAGUUCCAUUCGUACGCUACCUCCCCGACUGCAUUGUCCGCGACUGGUCCCUGCGAUUCGCCCGGCAAUGGCGCUGGGCUAUUAAAAAGCUUCACGACGUCCCAUUCGCGGCUGCACAAGCUGAAUGCCACAGAUAUGAUCGUCAUAGAAACAAAUCUCUAGCACAUCACCUCCUACGUGAGUAUAAAGAAAAUGAGUCCCGUGGUCAGGAACAACAGUGGUCCCUUGAUGAUAUCAAAGGGGCAGCAGGAGCAGUUUUUAUUGCGGGAGCAGAUACGACAUGGGCUACAUGCGUAAUCUUUAUUCUCAACAUGGUUCUUCACCCGGAAAUACAGGUGAAGGCACAGCAAGAGCUUGAUGCGGUGAUUGGGUCUAAUAGACUUCCCGACUUCUCGGACCGGCCCGCUUUGGUUUAUAUCGAACAUAUUGUCCAGGAGAUUUAUCGGCAUCUUCACAAAGCUGGUCGCCACUGGCUCCUCUAG